UCUGGUGUCCAGUCUGGUUCGCUAAUGAGUCGCAGCCAUGAUGGUAAUCAUCAACUGCAAGCUAUGUAAUAUCAUGAUGGGUCGCCUUACCAACAGUCACAUUCUUUGGAUGCAUUGUGGCAUUCAGACUCGUGCGGCCCAGUCGGGCCCAUCAGAUGCGUUCUGCGGAAUAGUCACUAACACAGCGUCGAAUUACAAAAUGUCUAUGCUCAUUGAGUAUCAAACCGCUCACAAGUUAAGUGGCCGAAAAUACUUAAAGGAGGGGCGGUGACUACACUCACCUAGAAACUUCAUUGGCCGGUUAUCCCUGUUUGAAUCUGAUUCAACACAUUACCGAUCGUAAUCAUGGGCAUACCUUUGGAUGAAGCUUCACUCUUAGCUUUGUUUUUUGAGACUUUGUUUUAUGGCGUAUUCUUGACGUUGUACUGCUUAACACUGUUCGUCCUGCUCAAGAACACUGGCGCAAACCGGCAACUCCUGAUCCCAGCCGCAACCGCGCUGCUCUGUUUGGCAACGGGUCAUCUAAUUGUCGAUUUUGUUCGAAUUUUGCAGGCGUUCGUAUUCAAUGCGGACAAGAUGAGUGCAAGUGCCUACUAUUCCAACCUUGCUGCGCCAUUGGAAUACGCAAAAACUACAAUUUACGUUACGCAAACCGUUCUCGCUGAUUGUAUCCUUGUUUGGCGAUGUUAUGUACUUAACCACAGAAGCCUGUUCAUUGCCGUUCCUGGUCUAAUCGUGCUGUGUACAAAUGCUGUGACUGGGUACAUGAUCGUUUGGGCCCUUUCCCAAGCCAACAGUUCGUCCACCGUUUUCACCACUGGUCACUCAUAUAUCACGACAUUCUUCACAUUGACUAUGAUUACAAGCGUCACCUGCACUACUUUGAUUGCCUGGCGCAUCUAUCGCACUCGCCGUUUUAUGUCAGACGGAUUUGCUGUGUAUUUGCCCAUUUUGAUCGUUAUUGUGGAAAGUGGCGCUAUAUAUGCGACGGGCGUCCUGUCGAUUCUUCUGGCAUACCUGUCCGGAUCCAAUGGUCAAUAUACCGUAUUGGAUGCCGUCUCUCCCAUUAUGGGAGUUGUGUUCUGCCUCACCAUCCUGCAAGUACACUUCCAAGUGGGUGGCAAGUCCCACAUUAUACGGACUCAUGAACCAAGGAGCGUUAUCACCGACUCUUCAGAGAGCCAGGUGUACACGAUGUGGACUGGAGCAUGAACCGAUGACUGCCCGUCACAAAGGAGACGGAGAACAUCCAUGCCAACAUGAUGGGGGGAAAGGAAAAUCAAAUUGUCGUCAGCGGUUCUCUUUGUAUAUUAGACCAUCUUCUGCUUUCCCACAACCGGAGUUGCUUAGUUGUUUAAUGUUUUAUUUAUGUUACGAUGAACGAAGUUUUGGCAGAUUCAA